CGUAUCGGACACACAAUGCGUAGUCCGGACAGAUACGUCUUCGAGCGACGGGGCCUUGACACUAGAACCUUCUCCUCCCCCGUCCGCACCGACCCUGACAGCCCGCUCCACGCGGCGGGGCCCACCUACCCCGCGCCACGCGAAGCGAUCCCAGCCGUCCGUCCCCGCCCCACGGCCCCUCUCCGCCGCCCGAUCCUCCGCCCGCAGCCGUUCUUCCUCCUCCGGCGAAACGAACGCUCGUACAAAAGCGAGAGAAAAGAGGGGAACGGACGGACGAACUCGCGCACACAGCACACGACACAAGCCACAAACCCCUCCCCCCCUCUCUCCCACUCCACAGGCCGGAUCGGGGCGGAGGCCGGCCGGAUCGACCCUCGGGCCAGCGGCAUGGGCGGCGGCGAGGGCGGGGCCGGCGGCGAGCCCGCGGCGGGAGCGGCCCCGGCCGCGGCCGCGCAGGCGACGCUGCACAUCCGCGGCACCAGCGGGAACAAGUUCGCGGUGCGGGCCGACCUGGGCGCCACCGUCGGGGAGUUCAAGGCGGUCGUCGCCGAGAGCUGCGACGUGCCCGCGCCGCAGCAGCGGCUGAUCUACAAGGGCCGGAUCUUGAAGGACGACCAAACCCUAGCCAGCUACGGUGUGGAGGCCGAUCACACCAUCCAUAUGGUGCGUGGUGCUGCACCACCACCAACAUCGGCUGCCCCGGCUGCAGCCAACCUUGGGACUUCAACUACGACUCCUGCGAAUACCCCGCCAGCUGGUCUUGGAGGCUUGUUUCAAGGUCUUGGUAGUACAGGAACUGCUGGCAGUGGAGCUUUUGGUUUAUCUGGCUCUGGCCUUCCAGGAUUAGAGCAGAUGCAACAGCAGUUAACUGAGAAUCCCAACUUAAUGAGAGAAGUAUUGAAUACACCAGCCAUGCAAAACAUAAUGAAUAGCCCUGAUCUAAUACGCGAUUUAAUUAUGAACAAUCCUCAAAUGCGUGAGCUCGUCGACCGUAAUCCGGAUCUGGCACAUGUCCUGAAUGAUCCAAGCAUUCUCCGCCAAACUGUUGAAGCAGCUAGGAAUCCUGAACUUAUGAGAGAGAUGAUGCGGAACACAGACAGAGCCAUGAGCAACAUUGAAUCUUCUCCAGAAGGGUUUAAUAUGCUGCGCCGCAUGUAUGAAACUGUUCAAGAGCCAUUUAUGAAUGCAACAACAAUGGCUGGGGAGGGCGACACAAAUCCAAACCCAUUUGCAGCUCUUCUAGGAGACCAGGGGUCUAACCAAGCCAGAGAUCCAACUGGAGAUGCACCAACUACUGCUCCUGCUCCAAAUACCAAUCCACUCCCAAAUCCCUGGGGUGCAAAUGCUGGGGCUGCACAAGGAGCAGCAAGGCCUUCUGCUGCUGCAAGGAGUGCCACAAGCGGUGGCCUAGGAGGGUUGGGUUCUGCAGAUUUGGGAAGUAUGCUGGGUGGUGGCUCUGAUGCUUCCUUAUUGAACCAGGUUAUACAAAACCCUGCCAUGAUGCAAAUGAUGCAAAACAUUAUGUCUAAUCCUCAGACCAUGAAUCAGUUGCUCAACAUGAACCCGAAUGUACGUAACAUGAUGGAAUCAAAUACCCAAAUGAGAGAAAUGUUUCAGAAUCCAGAAUUUCUUCGCCAGUUGACAUCUCCUGAAACAUUGCAGCAAUUAGCUUCAUUCCAGCAGGCAUUGACGUCACAGCUUGGUCAACAAGCUGCUGGCCAGGAGCGGACCCAAGCGGGCACUACUCCAGGCAACGUUAACCUCAACAGCUUGAUGAGCAUGUUCAGUGGGCUUGGAGCGGGCGGUGGCCUGGGUGGUGUCCCAAAUAUCCCAACUGUGCCACCGGAAGAGCGCUACGCGACGCAGCUAGCCCAGCUCCAAGAAAUGGGUUUCUUUGACCCACAGGAGAACAUCCGGGCGCUGUUGGCUACCAAUGGGAAUGUCCAUGCCGCGGUGGAGCGCCUUCUUGGGAACUUUGGGCAAUAGUAGUAGUUGGCAUUGUGAGGCUUGAUUGGUUGUAUACCCUACCCGGUCCCGGUGAGAUUGAAAGGCAGCAUCUCUAGAUUCUAUGUGUUUUAAGAUGGAUGAAUAAACCAGUCUAUCUACUGGCUACCCUUUGCAUGUAUACAUGAGUCCCGUGUCGUGUCGUGUCGUGUCGUGGUGGUUAAACUGUGGUAUAUUGCUGUUGGUAGUAGUACCUUGGGUCGUCGGUGUACAUACAUAUUGAAUUGUGGUGGUCUUAAAAGUA